AUGGCUCCAAGUCAAUACUUACUCUAUGACAUACCAUCCGGCAAGGCACCAUGUGCCACGUGGUCCCCUAAUCCAUGGAAGACUCGGCUUCUUCUCAACUUCAAGGGACUCGAUUAUCAAACUCAAUGGGUUGAGUACCCAGAUAUAAAGUCUACACUAGAGAAUCAUGUCACACCCAACGAAGGGAGCUUUCCAUACACCUGUCCUACCCUGGCCUGUCCUGACGGAACUUACGUGAUGGAUUCGCGUAAGAUCGCAGACUAUAUAGAGCGCCAGGCACCGCUUCCUUCGCUUCACUUGGACUCAAUCUAUCUCGAGAAGGUCGAGCGUCUAUGGUCCCAAUACAUGGGCGCUAUCAAGCCGAUAUUUGUACCUUUGGUCCCACGCCAAAUCCUCAAUGAGGAAAGUGUUGGUUACUGGAAUUCAACUCGCGAACAAGCUUUUGGCAUGUCACUAGAUCAAUUGGAGAGGGAGAAAGGUGGUGAGCGAGCAUGGAAUGAAGCGGAGCCCGCACUUCGCGAAGUGACUGCUUUGCUGCAGGAGAACGAAGGCCCUUUCUUCUUGGGAAACACUGUCAGCUAUGCUGACCUUGUGUGGGGUAGCAUCCUUCUUUUUAACCAACGUCUGGGAUCGGAUAUCUUUGAUGAGGCAUUGAAAAGAAGUGGGGACUCUCAGGUCCACCUGAACCUGCUGAAGGCUGUUCAGCCUUGGGCCUGA